AUGUUUCUUGAAAUAAUUUUACUUUUGUGUUCUUCCUCUUUCGCUCUUCUCUUUCAAGUAGAUGAACUAGGAGAUUAAAUUCAUGAUUGUGCAAAGUUGUUUAUAUUCGGAACACUUAUUACAGAAUUCCCAUGGAUGAUGGUAGGAAUUAUCACUUUUGUAUGGAUUAAAGAAUGUUUGAGAUCUAAGGAUUUACAUUAAUAGGAAAAACAUCAAGCAAAUCCUGCCAUUAUAAUACAUCAUGCAAGAGAAGGUGCUACAGCCACUUCAACUGAAAAUGUACAACCUGCUAUUGAGGCUGUAUAAAUAUUUGACUAUGCUACUGGAGAAAGCUAAUAUGCCUUUAUAUAGAAAACUGAUAAGAGUUUAUUAACUCAAUUAGGAGUUACAUUAAAAAAUACAAUUUUGUUAGAGAAGGGAAGACAAUAGGAUACAAGUAUUAAUUCUAAAUUAAUCUCACAUCUCGAUCAAUAAAAGAGGGCUAAUGCUUAGAAUAUAUCAAUAAUUUAUGAAGACAAUAGUGAAUAUUAAUAAAAUUAGUUAAAACCUCAUGUUUCAAUUCCAUUCAAAAUUGGAGAUUUUGAUAAGUAGAUGGGUGAAAUUAUAUAGGCAGAAAUAUUGUCAGGGGAAUAUCCAGUGGAGAAUAAAGAAAUUAAUACAAAAUUAAAGUAUGAAUAGGCUUUAAUUUCAAUUAUAAUAAGUAUGAAUUGUAUACUACAAUUAAGUCUUAGUCAUUCCUCAAAUUGAAAGUUUGAUUUUCAGAUUAGUUAAUUCAAUUCUAUUUGGCGUUGUCCUUCAUUCAGCAGUACAAAGAAAAGAGAUAUUAACAGUGUCUCAUAUUAUAUACUUGAUUAUACUAUUAACUAGUUGUGUAGUUGCCUAUAUAUUUGGAUUAUAUUAUCAAUCUAUCUAUUUUAGAUAAACACUUUUGGGAUGUCUUUUAUGGUCAUUUCAACAUGUCAACCCAAACUUAUGUUUAUUAGUAUUUCCUAUACCCACACUAUUGUUUUUAGCAGGCUUAUGA